AUGAGAGGGUGUUGCCAGUUGUCGAGCCUCCGCUGUGCGCUCCCCGCUGGGCUGUUUUUUGUAAACCGAGUCGGUUCCGGACUGAACCCUUUCAGCACCAAUGCUUUGUGUCUACUCACGGCUUCAAGCUCCCGGCUAUACCCUUCUCGAUGUGUGUUACCGAUAUAUUUUGGUAGAGGCAGGGAUCCGGUAGCGGGGAAUGAGUUGCCGAAGACAGGUUUCGAAACCAAUGCAAAUGCCUCCUUUCCCACGGCAGCUACUCCACCUUAUCUCCACUCCUGGACAUAUUCUAAUUACCCCAAUCUUCCAGAGCGCCUCUCCUACCAAAUCUAG